CCCGGGUGGCCGCUGCCGCAGCUUGUCUCGCUUUUCCUGCCGGAGUUCCCCGUCCGCCCCUCCGCCCGCCAGCAGCAGCUCAAGUGCCCACGUGGCUCUGGUGCCCAUGUCGCUGUGGUACAUGGUGCUUGCAUAUUGCCCGGGGGCUCUGGUGCCCAUGUCACCUUGGUGGAUGCCUCCAGUUCCCACCCCUGGUGCCCGUGGUGCCAGCCCGUGGGUAAAGGCUUCUUGCCCGUCCUGGCAGUGUGCACCUACUGCAGCACCGGGGACCUGCACGCGCUCUGGCGAGCUGCCGGCCGCUUCGCCGAGGCCACCGUGCGCCUGUUCGCCGCCGAGCUGGUGCUGGUGCUGGUGUAUCUCCAUGACCUGGGCAUCGUGCACCGGGAUGUGAAGAUGGAGAACAUCCUCCUGGAUGAGCGAGGACACCUCAAACUCACUGACUUUGGCCUCUCCCGGCACCUGGGGUGGGGUGAGCGAGCCCACACCAUCUGCGGCACCCUGCAGUACAUGGCCCCAGAGGUGCUGAGUGGGGGGCCCUACAGCCAUGCAGCCGACUGGUGGUCUCUGGGAGUUCUGCUCUUUGCCCUGGCCAGUGGGGAGUUCCCCGUGGCACCAGCAGAGGACCAUGUGGCCAUGCUGGAGCGGGUCAAGCAGAGCAGCUACGAGAGCCCACCUGCCCUCAGCCCCGAGCUGGCCCGGCUACUUGCUGAGGUAACCUUCCCGCCCAGAUUUUGGGGUCCCCAAUAG